CGGUGGCCUGCUGCUGGGGAUCUAGAGAGGGAGCGACUAGACAGCAGUUAGUUAAGAGCCACGGUCGGAAGCACUACGCACGUAUUCAUCUAUGGAUUGGAGAAUGGUGCUUCGAAGACGGUUAGCAGCCCCAAAUUCAAAAAAAAAUGAAAAAGAACUUAAAGAUGAAGAAAUGGAUCUGUUUACAAAAUACUACACAGAAUGGAAAGGAGGUAGAAAAAAUGCAAAUGCAUUCUACAAAUCUAUUCCACGGUUUUAUUAUAGGCUACCAGCGGAAGAUGAAGUCUUACUGCAGAAGUUAAGAGAAGAGUCUAGAGCUGUUUUUCUGCAAAGGAAAAGUAGAGAACUGUUAGAUAAUGAAGAAUUACAGAAUUUAUGGUUUCUACUGGACAAACACCAGACACCACCUAUGAUUGGUGAAGAAGCAAUGAUCAAUUAUGAAAACUUUUUGAAAGUUGGAGAAAAAGCUGGACCAAAGUGCAAGCAGUUCUUUAUGGCAAAAGUCUUUGCUAAACUUCUUCAUACAGAUCCCUAUGGAAGAAUCUCUAUCAUGCAGUUCUUCAAUUAUGUUAUGAGAAAAGUGUGGCUCCACCAAACAAGAAUAGGGCUUAGUUUAUAUGAUGUGGCUGGUCAAGGUUACCUUCGGGAAUCAGAUUUAGAAAACUACAUAUUAGAACUUAUCCCCACUCUGCCACAGCUAGAUGGACUAGAAAAAUCCUUUUACUCCUUUUAUGUCUGCACUGCAGUUAGGAAGUUCUUCUUCUUUUUAGAUCCUCUGAGAACAGGAAAGAUAAAAAUACAAGAUAUUUUAGCAUGCAGUUUCUUAGAUGAUUUAUUAGAGCUUAGAGAUGAAGAACUUUCCAAGGAAAGUCAAGAAACAAAUUGGUUUUCUGCUCCUUCUGCUUUGCGAGUUUAUGGCCAAUAUUUGAAUCUUGAUAAGGACCAUAAUGGAAUGCUAAGUAAGGAAGAACUCUCCAGAUAUGGAACUGCAACUAUGACCAAUGUUUUCUUGGACCGUGUCUUCCAAGAGUGCCUUACAUAUGAUGGAGAAAUGGAUUAUAAGACCUAUCUAGACUUUGUGCUUGCAUUAGAAAACCGAAAAGAACCUGCAGCACUGCAAUAUAUUUUCAAAUUGCUUGAUAUAGAGAACAGAGGAUACCUGAAUGUCUUUUCUCUAAAUUAUUUCUUCAGGGCUAUUCAGGAAUUAAUGAAAAUCCAUGGACAAGAUCCUGUUUCAUUUCAAGAUGUUAAGGAUGAAAUCUUUGACAUGGUGAAACCUAAGGAUCCUUUGAAAAUAUCCCUUCAAGACUUAAUAAACAGUAAUCAAGGAGACACAGUCACUACCAUUUUAAUUGAUCUGAAUGGCUUUUGGACUUAUGAGAACAGAGAGGCUCUUGUAGCAAAUGACAAUGAAAACACUGCAGACCUGGAGGACACAUGAUUUUUCACAGACUAAACUAUCUCCAUUGAGACAUGCUUGAAUGCUGUAUGAUCAUACAAAAACUGAAUAAAUUGUAAGGAUGCGAUUAAAUUUUCAUGUAACUGUAGAAAGCUGUAAGAGCCUAGUUUAUUGGGAUUUUCAAAUUAACUAAAUCUGAAGCCAAUGAGUUCAAAUACUGGUUUUUUAGGAGGUAAAAUAUCAUCUGGUUAUGUUUGGUUCAAAUAUGGCAGACAGUCAUGUAUUGUGUCAUAAUGCUUUGCUGACUAUACAAAGUGCUAAUUUUAAAUUUGUAUAAUAGUUUGUAAUUAGAGUAUUUCUAGUGACAGAAUAGGAUUUCAGAAACUCUGGGUGUAUUCUUUGUAAGUUAAUAUUUGUGAAGUUCAUUUUUAUUAUACAUCUGUUACAUAAUGAGGUCAUAUUCAUGACUGAUAAUUAGUAGCAUUUCAUAAAGUUAUUAUGGGUAUUAUAAGAAAAAUGAACCCUAAUUUACAGAUGAGGAAAUUGAGGCUCAGGGUAGUUAAAUGACAUGCCCAAGUUACUGGUAGAGCCUGAACUUUUCAGUGCCGAUCUUCUAAUUCCAAACCCAAAGUUAUUUAUAUAAUGCUACUUCCUAUACUUGUAGACAAUGUUGUUUAUACUGGAACCUCUGAAAAAUAUAAAGGGCCAAGUUAAUAUUUAAGUUUUCUUUUCCUAAUUUAAAAGAAAAAAUCUUCAGUGAAACUUGUUCUAGCCACUGGUUUCCUAUAGUUUUUAAAAAAACCACAAUUAUUUAGAUACAAACAAGAGAUGACUGGGGUUGGGCUUUUUAUAGUAGUUGAAUGAACUAAAAAAUAUCUAAUAUUUGUUUUUAUUGCCUAAUAAAAGGCCUAGGGAUUAUUUUAAGUGUGUGAACUAUUAAGAACACUGGAUUUGUACUCAAAAGACUUAAUAGUUGUGUGAGCAAAUAAUUUUACUCUUCUACAAAAUAGGGAUAAUAAUGGUUGUACUAGUUAUACCUCACUUCAACAAGUAUUAGAAAAUGGACUGGGUCAUAUUACCCAGAAAGUGACAGAUAAGUGGACAAGCCAAAUCCUGCAUUGGCCUCCUUUCUAUGUCUAGAGAAAGUGGAGAAGGCUACCAGCAAGCUGUGUGGCAAUUUAUGGGAAGACAUGGAAAAAUUUUGUACAAAUUAGGUAGGCAUAGAUGAAUUAUGAUUUACCUCAUCAGAGAGAAUAUUCAUAUUGAUGGAGACCAUAGAUCCCUUUGACUAUUUGAAUAAAAGCAUUUAUUAAGUGU